AUGAUUGCAAGGGCCUGGGACUCUAAUCCCAGGGUUAUCAAGUUCACGGAAACAUCAAAGAACUCUUCUGCCAAUGGUCUGAGACGACAGAAGCGAGACUGGGUCAUCCCACCAAUCAAUGUGCCCGAAAACUCCAGAGGACCCUUCCCACAAAUGCUUGUCAGAAUCCGCUCGGACCAGGACCUGGAGAAAGGAAUCCGCUACAGCAUCACUGGAGCAGGGGCGGACCAGCCUCCCAUUGACGUGUACAGCAUCGACCCUGUGCACGGCAAGAUGUUUGUCACCAGACCCCUGGACAGAGAGGAGAGGGCCUCCUACCAUCUGCGGGCCCAUGCUGUGGACAUGAACGGGAACAAGGUGGAAAGCCCCAUAGACCUGUACAUCUACGUCAUCGACAUGAAUGACAACCGGCCAGAGUUCCAGAACCAGGUCUACAACGGUUCUGUGGCUGAAGGCUCUAAGCCAGGCACGUUAGUGAUGCAGGUGACAGCCAAUGACUCAGAUGAUGACACCACAGCCAAUGGGAUGGUGCGCUACAGGAUCCUGUCCCAGACCCCCCACAUGCCCAUCCCCAACAUGUUCACCAUCAACAGCGAGACGGGAGACAUCUUCACCGUGGCCGCGGGCUUGGACAGGGAGAAAGUGUCCCAGUACACCAUCAUCGUCCAGGCCACGGACAUGGAGGGGAACCUGAACUUUGGCCUGUCCAACACGGCCACCGCCCUCAUCUCUGUGACCGACAUCAACGACAACCCUCCCGAACUGACCGCCAGGACGUUUUCAGGGGAGGUCCCAGAGAACAGGGUGAAUGUGGUGGUGGCCAAUCUGACAGUGAUUGACAGGGAUCAGCCUCACAGCCCCAACUGGGCUGCCCAGUACCGCAUCGCCAGCGGAGACCCCCAGGGUCACUUCCUCAUCCGCACCAACCCUGUCAACAACGACGGCAUGGUCACUGUGGUCAAGCCGGUGGACUAUGAGCAGAACAGGGCCUUCAUGCUGACGGUGAUAGUCUCUAACAAGGCCCCACUGGCCAGUGGGAUCCAGUCUUCUCUCCAGUCUUCAGCGGGGGUCACCAUCUCCGUACAGGAUGUCAACGAACCCCCUGUCUUCCCCUCCAACCCCAAGUCCAUCCGUUUCGAGGAGGGUGUCCCUGCAGGCACCACACUCACCGUGUUCGCUGCCCAAGACCCUGACCUCUUCAUCCAUCAGAAUGUCCGGUACUCAAAGCUGUCUGACCCAGCUAACUGGCUGAGGAUCAACAGGACCAACGGUCAGAUCACCACCAUGGCUGUGCUGGACAGGGAGUCCAUGUACGUCAGGAACAACAUAUAUGAGGCCACCUUCCUGGCUGCCGACAAUGGCUCUCCCCCAGCCAGUGGAACAGGUACUCUACAGAUCCAUCUGAUAGAUGUGAAUGACAACGCUCCAGUGCUGAUGCCCAAGGAGGCCCAGGUGUGUGAACGCGCCAGCCCCCGCUCCAGGGUCAACAUCACAGCCUCCGACGCCGACGCUGACCCCCACGUGGGGCCUUUUGUGUUCGAGCUGCCUUCCUACCCCCCUAGCGUCCGACGCAACUGGACCGUCUCCCGCAUAAGCGGUGACUAUGCCCAGCUGAGACUGAGGAUUCCCUACCUGGAUGCAGGGGUGUAUGAUGUUCCCAUCAUCGUGUCGGACUCUGGGAACCCGCCCCUCUCUAACAGGUCCAUUAUAAAGGUCAAGGUAUGUCCGUGUGACGACAACGGAGACUGUACUACCACCGGAGCUGUAGCUGCCGCUGGACUGGGGACCGGAGCCAUCAUAGCCAUACUCAUCUGUAUCAUCAUACUGCUUAUCAUGGUGCUGGUGUUUGUGAUGUGGAUGAAGCGGAGGGAGAAGGAGCGUCAGGCCAAGCCACUGCUGAUUGACCCAGAGGAUGACGUCAGAGACAACAUCCUGAAAUACGAUGAGGAGGGAGGAGGAGAGGAGGACCAGGACUAUGACCUAAGCCAGCUGCAGCAGCCCGAGGCUCUGGACCACAUUAUCUGUAAACCAGCGGGGGUGCGCAGGGUGGACGAGAGGCCUGUUAUCGCUGAGUCCCAGUACCCCGUCAGACCCAGCCUGCCUCAUCCCGGAGAUAUCGGAGACUUCAUCAACGACGGUCUGAGAGCGGCAGACAACGACCCCACAGCCCCGCCCUAUGACUCCCUGCUGGUGUUUGACUACGAGGGCAGCGGCUCCACGGCCGGCUCUGUCAGCUCCCUCAACUCCUCAAGCUCAGGAGACCAGGACUACGACUACCUCAACGACUGGGGCCCCCGCUUCAAGAAGCUGGCUGACCUCUACGGCGGAGGAGACGACGACUGAGAGAGGGGUGGGGUGGGGUACGGAGGGA